AUGGGGACGGAUCAUGGACAGGAUGUGUUUCCCUUUAACACUUCCGGCCUAUCGGAUAAUGACAGGAGUGCCUGCAAGCUUUCCGACCGCUUGGACCCGCAUGAAACCACGCACGAAGCUGCUGUGCUUCAUCCGGAAGAACACAAUGCUCAGCACUCAUCGGUUGGAGUCAGCGUUUGUCACAACAAGGAACAAGAUAGAUGGCCAUCGUCAGUCACGUCGCCGAAGCUGUCACCGUGUUCAUUCGCUGAUGAUACAGUUGGAGAAGAGACAGAAUGCCCUGGUAGAGGGAAUUUGACAGGGGUACCUAUUACACAAGAAUUCGAAAGGAAAACAUCUAGUGGGGCGUGCGGGAAACCCGUUCUCUCGUUCAACAAGAGCAGCAUACAAAACAGGCUUAACCAGGUCGAAGGGUGUCCAUUGUUCUCCAGAGACGCUAAUGAAACAAUCGACGCUGUUUUGCCGUCUGGGGACGGUUGUCCCCCUGUCUAUGCUGCUCACGAUGCCAAUUCCGCAACCGCUUACCUCGUGGCAGCGUGUGUAGCCAACUCGCCAAAGAACGACAUGCCAAGAAAUAAGAUGGAAGAGACAACUGCGAGAAGCCACACAUCGGUGGCAAAUUGUUCUGCCCAUAAAAAGGAAAUGGCUGACUGUGCCCAGGUACACUCAGGCCUUCGUAAUCUGAGUGGUGCUGAAGCGGUGAUCGGAAGAGGAGACACUACUCAGCAGGAGAGUUCGGAAGCUCUUUGCCGGUUCUCAAACUUCGAGGAAAAAGAGAAUAUUGUUCACCGUGGCAUGCCAGCAAGUCACGGGGGCGCUCCUCGCCUCUCUAUGACGGAGAGCCACAGAAUUUCGUCCAAGGCAGACGACUCCGGAAUUCCCUCUUGCUGUAACACGCAUCACCAUAGGGGAGAAUUGCGGCAAAAUUGCAGUUCGGUAUGUGUUGAGCCGACAGACGGCGGGGACUUUCCACAAUCCUUCUUUGUGUAUGGACAUAGAAUUUUCUCGAAAACGCCUUCAGGGGGAGACCACACUUCCACUGUCACCCCUCAAACUGUGGGAAGGAACUUGCCGCUACCUUUGGCUGUCUGUUCUUGCAACGGUUGUUGCAACGCCAAAGGUUGCUCUUACACCAUACGGCAAGACGCACAAGCAGCUCAGAGGAGCGCAGAUACUGGCGUUGUUCAGAGGCACCACAUUUGGCUUCGGCGCAUUCGAGGGACACCUUUCUCGGUAUGUGACAACUGUGGAACUCCAUUCGACAUACGGCCGGAAGAGGAGGGCCACAGCGGAUUAAACAACAGGCAUCGUUCGAGAGACCACUCGCGGGAGGGAGAGGAUCUGCGUGUCCAUGGAGUGAAAGGAUUGAACGGACAAGAGUAUGAACAUGAAAAACAGCCAAACACAACAAGGGGCGAUCCCCAACAGUUAGCGAUUAUGUUCUCUGCAUUGGGAGAGGGACCGAGUUCACAACGUGACUCUUCGGCCUCGGAACGGUUGAGUCGUCCGAUCAGCGGUUAUCUUGGUCGGCAGUUGCCUUCUGUACCGUUUGCUUCUUCUAGCAGCUCCUGCGGCAUCCAACGACAUCCUUCAGUCCAAGACCGAGACCAUAACACGUACAGUCGAGCGUCCAGCACCUCUACCAGAACCAGCGCCGACAUCCACGUGGAGCCUGGAAAUGGAUUAGCCGCGAAUUUUAUGUCAGACACAGCGCAGAGCAGAAACCAGAGAGCAAGUGUGCUUGGAGACGGCCCAGGAUGCGGCCUUUCAGGGAAGAGUGCCUCUUCUUUCGAGGAGAUCACAACAACUUCGGCUGUGUCUGCCUCGAAUACAAAAACUUGCAUCUUACCACUGGGUGUACGAACUUCUGGAGAGCAGACGAGCGCUGCUCCCGGCAGUGGUAUUAAUAACUCGACGCGUCCCAUCGACGAAAAAACGUGCAGUUUCGAGUCCUUAGACACACGCCAUGGAGAGAAAAGGAGAAACUUUUUUCGUGGAAAUUCGGCGAGCAGUGAUAGUGACGACGACAGUGAGAGGUCUCCGCCUUGUCGGUGUUACAGCCUUAAUCGGACCGAGUCACUGUUCCCGACUUCCAAAGAAACUGACAGUGACGGAGACAGUUACACAAACGGGAAGGACACGCACCCAAAUGAAGACGACGGGGUGUGCAGUUGCUCGAGUGCACUAGAGAGUCUUAAAGGCGUCACAUGGGGAUGGGGAUUUCAGGCCCAGCCACGCGCAACUUUGAGUUACUACUUCGGAGAGCUCAAGUCUGGGUUGGCCGUUCCAAUGUCUCAGCUGCCUGCAACAAUGACCUGUGCGAUCGUCGCAAAUGUUCCAGUUGCAGCAGCACUCCAUGGCGCAUGGAUUACAGGUCUCAUAUCUGCAAUUUUCGGAGGCAGCCCACUGUCCAUAACCACGGUCACGUCCAGUCUCGCGGUGACUCUUGCAAAGGUAACGAGGACAACGUGUGAUGAAGCGACAGGUGUGUGUCACGAAGAGGGUCUUGAAUUUAUAUUCCCUGCGCUUGUUCUUGCUGGCUUCUGCUGCUUCUUGCUUGGCUUAAUGCGCCUGUCACGGUUUUCACAAUUCGUACCAAGCGCUACGAUUGUCGGAUAUUUGAACGCAGUCGCGAUUCUGAAUGUCAGAGCGCAAGUCGAAACAUUUCGAUUCGAUCCGGUGACAUCGACAGGUUAUGAAUGGCUCUGGGUUCUACUAAUGAUUAUUGUUGUGUUUGGGGUAAUGUGCUGCUGGGAGAAAAUCCCAGGUAUCAGGGUAAACCGCUUCAUUCCAUCAUCCAUCCUUGCGAUUGCCCUCAGUAGCUUUAUUGAGUUUGUUUUCGUCCGUCGCAUCGCGCGUAUGCAGACAAAAACUGUGGCUUCGCUCUCUACCAUGACAGAAGGAGACUUAUGGCCGAAACCGUUUUUCCUUACACCGGAGAAUAUCAAACCGCUUUCCUUCUACAUGCAGCCCUCCAAUCUAAUGACGAUGCUCGAGUUGACCCUAGCGCUUGUUAUGGUGAAUUACAUUUCGACACUGAUUACAGUGGACAUGAUGUCUGAUAAAGUGGGAAAUAUGCGAAGUGAACCAGAUCAACAUCUAGUAAGUGUCGGAGCAGCCAACACGAUGGCUUGCUUCCUCGGGGCGCUACCAGGCUCUACAGCGCCGUCGCCAUCGCUCUUGAAUCUAAAGGUAGGGGGGAAGGGCCGAGAAUCAUCCGUGUUUUGUGCCCUUGUCAACUUGGCCCUCGUUGCUGCGAGCACGUAUUUGCUAGAGUACGUCCCUUUAGGUGGUCUUGCUGGAAUUAUUAUGUACACUGCCUAUCAUGCUUUCCAGUGGCGUGCCGUAGCUGCCAUGUUUGCAUCAUUUCUCCCGGCUCGACUGCGACAGAAGCAUCCAGUCCUUCAACGGAAAAUCUGCAGAAGUGAUGCAUUUGUGAUGCUCCUGACGACGAUCAUUGCCAUUUCCGCCGACAUAGGCACCGCUAUUUUUUCCGGAGUGUGUAUCUCUGCUUGCGUGUUUGCCUGGAAGAAUGGAUCUCGCUUAUCAAUAACGAGCCGUGUCGAUCCUGAAUCUGGAAUCAAAUAUUAUCGUGUGAAGGGUCCAAUUUUCUUCCUCACGAAACGGAAGCUUCUGAGAUCCUUUGAUAUCGAACAUGACCCGCCUUCUGUCGUAUUCGAACUGACUGGCGACGCCUGUCAACUUUUCGACUUCGGUGCCAUGGAGACCUUAGAUACAAUAGCGGCGCGUUAUCGGAAGAAAAACAAACGUGUGCGGGUGGUCGGGAUGCAACGCGGCGACAAGAAAAUGAUAAUUAAAGCCGGUCGCAUGUUUGAAUUUGCUCAGAUCGAUAUUGUGGAAAGAGCCAUUGAUGAAGGAGCUGGACCCCAUACCAUUCCCCCCAUCGUUGAUAUGAUGAAACUUCCAUGCUAA